AGGAGCUUGAAGCUGUUUACGCGGGGAGGGAGGGGGGGCGCCGUUUCUAUGGUUUCCGGACAAACCUCCUGGACCAGGUAUUAAACUGCUGACACCCGCGCGCAGAGGAGCGCAAGCAGCGCAGGAGCGCACGGAUCACGGCUUUGUCGGUCGGGCGCGCGGCGCGCACACUCAGGAUCAGCCGGUUUGGAGUUUAAAGUUGGUUUUUUUUGCGAGAAAAACAGCAGAUAGGAGGAGGUGGAGGAGCGCGCCAUGCUGUCUCUGAGCUGCGCAGACCCCUGGCCCGAGGGCUCGGUGGUGCUGGAGGAGGAGGUGGUGACCGCCGCGGCGCAGGCGGAGGAGCGGGACGCCUGCAUCAGCAGCAGCUGCGGCUCCGACAACCUGGACGACAGCCUGACCAGCCUGCAGUGGCUGCAGGACUUCUCCAUCCUCGGUGCCAACGUGCCUCAGCACGCGCACCAGCAGCCGCACCUCUUCGGGCAGCAGCUGGGGGCGGACGCGCCGGCCUCCCCCUUGGCCGGAGACCCCGCGUCCAUGGGGAUGCCCCUGACCCCGGGGAAGCCCACAGCCGCGGCCUACAGCCGGAUGCAGCCGCUGACCGGCGUCGUGACGCACGGACUGUGCCCGGACGCGGAUUACAGGACGGACGCGCGCGUCAAGCCCCCCUUCUCCUACGCCACGCUCAUCUGCAUGGCGAUGCAGGCCAGCAAGAAGAGCAAGAUCACGCUGUCCUGCAUCUACAAGUGGAUCACAGACAACUUCUGCUACUACCGCCACGCGGACCCCACCUGGCAGAACUCCAUCCGGCACAACCUGUCGCUGAACAAGUGCUUCAUCAAAGUCCCGCGGCAGAAGGACGAGCCAGGCAAAGGGGGCUUCUGGAAGAUCGACCCUCAGUACGCCGAGCGCCUCCUCAGUGGCUCCUACAAGAAGAGGCGGAUGCCCCCGGUCCAGAUCAACCCCGCCCUGCAGAGCCGACUCCACAUCAACCUGCAGCCGGGCUCCAGAACCGCCUGCACCCUCAGGGACGGCCUGGACGUCAGCCCACAGGCCCAGGGCCUCAAGGAGGAGCUGGAGGAGGUGACCAUCGCUGACCAGAGCUGGAACCCCCGUCUGGCUGAGGGGACGAUGCUGGGGGCCUGGCCGGUGGUGAGAGGAAGAGGGGGGCAGAAGAGGAAGCAGUUCGGAUCCAGAGGCGCUGCCAAAGUCCCCCGGUGCUCCAGUUCCCCCCUGCUGUGCAGCGAGGAGCAGAAGGAGGUGGGACCCCUGAAGGGCGACUUCGACUGGGACGCCCUGCUGGACUCGGCGCUCAGCGGCGAGCUCAGCCUGGAUGAAGAGGGGCCUCUGAGCCCCAUCCUGACAGGGAGGGGGGGCCAGGUUUCCGGUGGCGAGGCCCCUGAGGGGACGACGGCCAGUCCGAGGAGGAACGGGUCUGACUUUGAUGAGGAGACCUUCCUCGCCACCGCUUUCCUGGAGACUCCCUGGCCAGGAGAGGAAGAGGAGGAGCAAAGUCAGGGCGACUUCCUGUGCAACUCCAACCUGGAUCAGCUGUUUGACCUGGGAGACUCUUUACAUCCCGGCGGGCAGAUGGACCCCCUCCUCUGAGGCAGCUCCAGCCCUCAUCAGAUCUACAGGGAAUAUUUUUUAAUCAGACUCGACUCUGGUUCUCCUGGAAAAGUGUUUCAGUUUCGAUGAAUCCUCAUGAGAAAAAAGACGCCACGACCAGACGCUGACGCGAAACUGUGAAAUCAAACCUGAAACCAGCCUGGACACACCAGAAACAGGAAAUUAUGGAGAUAAUCUCUGAGAUUACGAGUCCAGACCCAGUUCUCCUCUUCAUCCCAGCCAGCAAAGCCAAGUGGACCCAAACGGUUUGGUAGAAAAUGUCGAUCUCCAUUAGGUUUCUGUCGUGGUUCCACCUGAGUUUGACCUCGUUGACUCAAGUGGGGAUUCAGUGGGUUAGCUUGCUACGCUAACCAGCUGCCCAGUGGACAGCGUAGCAUGCUGGUGAGCUCUGCUGUAACAAGCUAGCAAUCUCCUCUGUUUCGAGGUAGUAAGGACGCUAGCAUGUUACACUGUAUUGAGCUAGCAAGCUCUGCUGUAACAAACUAGCAUGCUCUGCUAUUUUGAGCUAGUGAGCUCUGCUGUAGCAUGCUAGCAAACCCCUCUGUAGAAAGUUAGCCAGCUCCUCUGUAGCAAGUUAGCCAGCUCCACUGUAGCAUGCUAGUGAGCUCCUGUGUAUUGAGCUAGCGAGCUCUAUUGUAACUUGGUAAAGAACUCCUCUGUAGUGAGCUAGCGAGCUCCGGUGUGCCAUGCUCUGUCCACCAAGUGGCUGGCUAGCAUAGCGAGCUAACAUACUGAGUGUCCACCUAAGUCAAUGUGUGCAAACACUGAUGGUUCCACAUCUUUUAAACCAUAUAGGUCCAUUCUUGCUGGCUGGGAUGUUUUCACUUCAAAUACGAUCAUCAGUUCAUCGUCUGCGUAGAGUUUUAGUUCUGUCUCUUUAAGAACCCCCCUCCCUCUAAGCCCCUCUCUCCUGAUUGGUCAGCGUCCAGUACUCGAAGGAUGUUGGACAAUUCCACUUGAAUCCAAAGUUUUGAACCGACCACAUCCGGAUUGACAAGAAUCUGUGGACCUGAGAGAUCCGUGCUCCUCCCCUUUUCCUGUUCUGGUGUGAUCAGGCCUUCAACACGUUUACAUGUUUCACAAAUUCUCAGAAGAAGACUCGUCUGAAGACAUGAAGCCGAGUCGGUCUUCCUCUGCUCACAGGUCCUCGCCGUCACUGCGGCGUUCCGCUCAGAAGACGAGACGUUUGCCAAAAGCCCCUCUGGAGUGUUUCUGUCCAUCUCUGCAUUUUUAUAUCCACCCUUUUCUGAUUUUUUCCAUCCUGCUGUUUGUUUGGAAACGUUGGUCUCACUUUCUAGCUGAUAGAAUUCAAAGUUGUUGGUUCGGAUGUGAAGCAGCUGGAGGCGAAACUCUCUUGUAGAAACGCGGCUCGUCAAUGAAUACCUGACCUUCCAUGUGCCAAGAGCAGCGGCGGGACACGGCGGCAGAUUUGAGGUUUCACGGCUGGGAGCGCCGCGGACCUUCAGACGGAAGUUCAGCCGUCAAACCUUUUUCAGGCGUUUAAAGCUGCAGGACUUUGUGUUUGUGACAACGUCACACCAUGGAAGCAGAUGUUCACGUUAGACGCUGUUUUCUCCACUUUACUUUUCAAAUAAAAGAGUUUUCUUCUGCUUUAGUCAAACUGA